UCAUUUGACUAAACAGUGUGAAGGUUGCUUUCUGGACCUGCUCUGCCACUCCUAACUGUAUAAUCAGGUGAUUUAAGGUGUGGCGUCCCAAACGUUUCUUUCGUUUUGUCACACCACGCAGUUCAGCUUUCUCUUGGGCAGAAGCUAGAUGCUCCAAACGGUGGAUUGGUUCAUACUGAAUUAAUAUGGCUCUUCCCAGGGGGAUCAAGUGUUUAAAAUAUCUCAUAUUUAUCUUCAACUUUAUUUUCGGGCUUGCAGGCACUGCUGUACUGGCUGUAGGUCUGUGGCUGAAACUGGACUCGAAAACCAAUAGCCUGUUUCAAGGAGAAGAUUCUCCGUAUGUGUUAUACACAGGUGUUUAUGUCCUGAUUGCCGUUGGAGUGCUCAUGAUGGUGGUGGGCUUCCUGGGAUGUUGUGGAGCAAUCCAGGAAUCACCGUUGAUGCUGGGGCUGUUCUUUUCAUUCCUGCUGAUCAUAUUUGCCAUCGAGAUAGCAGCUGGAUUCUGGGGAUUUUCAAACCAGAACAAGGUGUUGGAUCUGAUCAAUGGAUUCUACAGACAGACAUAUGAAGAGUAUGCUAAAACACGAGAUGAGGGCCUAAAAGAGACUCUGCGUUUGAUCCAAAAUGAGUUAUACUGCUGCGGUCUCAAGGGUAGGAUGGAAGAAGCUUAUCCUGAUCUUUGUCCUCCUGCAGAAAGUCUUGACAUGUUCAUUAUUAAGAGCUGUCCUGAUGUCAUCGACGAGGUGUUUAACUCCAAGUUACACAUUGUUGGAGGAAUAGGGAUCACUAUUGGGGUCAUUAUGGUGUUCGGGUUGAUCUUUACCAUGCUCCUGUGCUGUGCCAUCAGGAAAUCUCGGGAGGUGGUGUAACACCCACUGGAAGUCAUUGUUAUUGUUGCAUGAUGUCGUUCUCAGAGUCUUCACUGCCAACAAAAAUAAAUCACUGCUUUUUAAGGAGGGUGCUAACCUAAGCUAAAAAGGGUUAGCCUAAUUCUGACUGUGGAGAACGUGAAGGCGUGAUGCACUUAAUUUUGGUCAAUCUGGUUUAUUUAUGUACAGAGUUUUAAGAAUUGUGCUACUACACAGUAUGAAACAUUUCAUACUAACUUCCUUGUCAAUGUUUUUUUAAUGUACAGACUGGCCUUUCCGGCACAGUAAUUAUCAAGUUCCAGCAUUAAGCCAAAUAAUUUCAACCACAUAGAUAUAUGUAAAGCCCACACAAAUUCUAUGGAGACUAAAAUAAAAUAAAAAAUUAAAUGCUACAAUUGGCUUACUUUAUAAAUGUGGUCCAAAGUGAAAGAGAAUUUUGGCAGAAUGUUUACUUGUUUGUUUUUGAGCUUUUUUGUUUCUCUUUUGUCUAAAUGAGACCAAAGCCAGAUGAUGAAAGAGGUUCCCUCAAAAGACAGCGUUCAUGUCCCAACAUAUUUUCACAUUCUCUCAGUAUAUCAGUAAAUCAGUGACACCUUUGCUCCUUAUAUAGAUGCAAUGUUUUUACUAUGUCCAUGUAUAAAACGGGUGCCAUCUGCAUCAGUAGCAGUGACGUACUGAAAUGUGUAAAUUUGUGGUCAUUUGACUGAAAUCAGCAUUUGUGAGCUUCUAACUAUCUAAGCGAAACAGCAUGUCAGUGUGUAUUGAUGAUAUUGAUUUAUCAAUGGCGACCACUUUGGAUAUCCUGCUAAUGGAAACACCGCCACUUCAGUACAACAAGGCAACAAAACCGAUGAUGGCUAGCAGCCAAAUGAAUGCCAAGCUAAAAUCUACGAGAUAUUUGUGGUUUAAACAAGCUUGGUGUUACAGUAGCAUUCGGCUCCAUUUUGUCUGCCAUUUAUUUUUUUAAUUGGCACUUGUUUGAAAUGCCUUUUAUUUGUUUUGUUUUUUUUUCAAUUUUUGUAUGUUUUAUAUUUCUGUUUGUAAAUUUUCAGAUGCUUGGUGUGCAUAUGUCAUAUGCAGUUUAAGCAUUUUGCAGUGUCCUCUUGAUUUGACAGAAUAAUUUCAUUUAUACACCAUGCACUGUAACUCUAUGUUAACAAGAGCCAAAUACAAUAAAGUGAUUUAGGUUGAAUUUGA